AUGAACGACUUUCUUGAAGCAGACUUGGAAACAUUGGAAUUCAAGGACGCCUUCGCCAGAAUCGACACGCAGGGAAAUGGCUAUAUAACCGUGGAAGAGCUACCGAAACUGACCAUAGAGCUGGGAUUCGUCGUUUCUGAAUCUGACAAUCUGGCACUGAUCGCUGAAGUGGAUCCGAACGAAACGGGAAUUAUAACAUACGAAACGUACAUGGAAAUCAUUGCACCCAAAUACAAGAUCAAAGACUUCAACGAGGAAGAUUUGAGAGACGCCUUCAAGAUCAUGGAUCUAGACGCUGAUGGAUUUAUAACUGAAGAGGAUAUUGAACAGUCGGCGAUAGCCAUCGGUGAAUACCUGAAAGUCGGAGAGGCCUACGAUAUUCUAUUGGAAGGCGACAGAAAUCGCGACGAAAAACUGGACUUCGACGAAUUUGUCAAACUGCUAACUGAUCCGUAA